AUGUAUAGUUUACCAACUCACAUGGACGAUUGGUGGGAGCAAAUGUCUAUCGAUGAGUGUAACCUGAAGAAAACAGUAAUAGAGAAGAAACUGGGAUUAUUGGCUGCUCAAAGAUUGGACGUAAUCAAGAAGAAAUUGUACACACCCCCAACUAAAGUACGUGCAAGAACCAACGUUGCCUAUGGUGAACCUUACCAACUAGUUAACAUUGAUUUUGAGAAGGUGUGCUUGGCUAAAAGCAAUUACAGCCGCUUAAGUUUGGCCGGAACGUUGAACGAGAACGAAGUAAAAGAAAGUACCACCCUGUUUCACAAUUGCCAAGUGAUGGCGUCCCCCUCAGUAACACCGGCAAUGCGCAACACCUUCGUGCUGGAAAGUGCCCACAAAUGUAUGUCGUACAAGGGUAACGCCGUCUACGAGGAGGAGGUAUACAUAAAAAUACUUGACUCAGCGGAACCUUUGUAUCUAUCCUUCUUGACUUCGUUUCUAACUCUCGGCGAGUUCAAUCCGGUGAGGUUGAGCACGACACGCGACGAGUAUUGCUUGUUCAAACUGGUGUUCUGGGAGCCCAGCACCAGGUACGCAAGAUUCCGGACCAUCGAGUUGAACACUAGAGUUAUCAUCAAACAUGUCAUAACUGGGAAAAAUUUGGUUGUGACACGUUCUAAUGUGCCCACAAUAUUCGGGAGGGAGUAUGAGGUGACGUGUGACAUUUUGAGGGAUUCACAUAGGAUGGAAACGGCUGAGAGCUUCUGGAUGAUUACAUAA